CGCGUUGUGAGCAAUACCGCCAAACGAGCAUCCGCCUCCAUGAAGCAUCAGAGGCUAGAAAAUGGUACGCGAGACUCGACAUCUGUGGGUUGGAAAUUUACCCGAAACGGUACGAGAGGACAAGCUAAGGGAACAUUUUAAAAGAUCGACGAUCAGCAGCCAUCCACGAUUGUCGUCUGGAAGUGGAAGUAGCAGCUGGUACAACGGAGGAACAACCAAUAACAACAACGAUAAGAGCCCAACUUCCUCCCAUCAGCAUCCAUCCGGUUCGCUAGCCUCCACGCAAUUGCAGGAUAUUAGAAUAGGAGUCAGCCAUAACAACAGUGUAAACAACGUUAAUAACAACAACAACAACAACAACAAUAGCUAUGAUGGAUAUGCUGUGAAGCAACAAAAGUCGCAACAAUCACUCCCGAAGUCUCAUCGAUCCGGUUCGGAGUCGGAAUCGCUAAACGAUCCGCAUCUACACUACCACUCCCAUCAGCACCACUCCAGCAAUCACAACCACAGCCACAACCACCUUCCCCACAAUCAACAGCAACCUCACCAUCAUCACUCAUUGUCGCGGAAUUCGUCACCGGUGCUGUCCUCCAAUCCAACAUUGCACGGUCAUUAUCAGCCGGCCAAUCAUCACCAUCUACCGAGUGGUAGUAGUAGUGGUGGUAUAACGAGUGUUGCAGGUGUCGAGCGAAGUGAACGGGCUCAUCUUAACCACCAGCAGCAGCAUCAUCUGCAGAACCAGCAGCACCACCACCUGCACCAUCAUCGGUCGGCGUCACGUUCGCGAUCACGCUCGCCCAGCAGUAGAUCGUCCUCUUGUUCCUCCUCGACGCACAGUAGUGGCGGCGGGGCACCGAACCAUUCUGGGGAAGCUGGCACGACGACGAACCUCUCGGGACGUAGCAGUGGCAGCGGCAGCGGCAGUAGUAGUAGUACCGGAGGAGCAUCAUCGGUUGGACUGCUGCCCUCGCUGCCGACGCCCUAUGGCCGCGGCGAUGCUGCUGCAAACUGCUCACCACCAUCCCCUUCUACUACUGGAGCAGUAAGCGUUGGACGGACUCUGCUACAAUCCGCUAUUUCCACGGCAGCUGCAGUAGCAGCAGCAGCAGCAGCAGCAGCCGCCGCAGCAGCAGCAGCAGCCGCAACAACAGCGCCUGCAGCAAUAACAUUGCCAGCAGCAACGCACCAAGAAAGUAGCAGCAGUAGCGGCCACAGUGGCUGUACUGACGGCCCGGACGGCGGUAACGCUAAUAAUGCAGCUAACGGCUCAGGCAAUCAAGGCAGAAGCAGUAGUAGCAGCAGCAGCAGCAGCAGCAGUUCGAGUAGCACCAGUUCAAGACACAGUUUUAGCGGUGCAUCCGUUGCCGGUGGUGGAGGUGGAGGGGGUGCAUCGUGCACUAGCGUCACAACGACGUCGUCGACCGCUGGUGGAGCAGCAGCAGCAGCAGCAACAGCAUCUGCAGCAGCUCCAAUCAGCAGCGGCGGUGGAGGAGGAGGCGGUGGCGGCGGCUACGGUGGAGCAGGUGGAGGAGGAGGAGGAGGAGGUGGAAGUGCGGGAGGAACAGGCAGUGGAGCAGCAGUGCUCAGUAACGGGAGCUCUGGCGGCGGUGGUAGCACGAGUUUGAUCAAUUGUCAUUCGGACGAUAACCGCCCGUUGGCAAUUUGCGUCCGAAAUUUGCCUGCCCGCUCGUCCGAUACCUCACUCAAAGAUGGCUUGUUCCACGAGUACAAGAAGCAUGGAAAAGUGACCUGGGUGAAGGUGGUCGGUCAAAAUACCGACCGAUACGCGCUGGUCUGCUUCAAAAAACCGGAAGAUGUCGACAAGGCGCUGGAAGUGUCCCACGAUAAGCUGUUCUUCGGCUGCAAGAUAGAGGUGGCACCGUACGCGGGCUACUACGACGUGGAUGACAACGAGUUCCGACCGUACGAGGCGGAGCUGGAUGAGUACCAUCCGAAGUCGACACGGACACUGUUUGUCGGCAAUCUCGAGAAGGACAUUACCGGGAGUGAGUUGCGUAAACAUUUCGAGUGUUUUGGUGAAAUCAUAGAGAUAGACAUCAAGAAGCAGGGUGUGAGCGCGUACGCGUUUUGUCAAUAUUCGGACAUUGUGAGUGUAGUGAAAGCGAUACGGAAGAUGGACGGUGAGCAUCUUGGCAACAAUCGCAUUAAGCUCGGGUUCGGCAAAUCUAUGCCAACUAACUGUGUGUGGCUGGAUGGGGUCUCGGACAGUGCAAGCGAGCACUAUCUGGCAGCACAGUUCAAUCACUUCGGCACGGUGUCGCAGGUGAGCGUCGAUCGGGAUCGCAAGCUAGCGCUUAUUUACUACGAGCAAGUGCAGCAAGCGCAGGCGGCAGUGAAAGAGAUGCGCGGUGUGAUGUUGCGCGGCCGCAAGCUGCAGGUGGACUUUGCGUCUCGCGAGUGUCAGGAGGCGUUUUUCGAUAAGUUAGAUAAGCAACAAUCCGGGGGCAGUAUAUCUUCGUCGUUCGGAUCGCCCCGCUUCGGUGGCGUUACAGGAAUCGCUGGAGGCGCUAGUAAUAAUAGUAGUGUUAGUGGAAAUGUUAGUAAUAGUAGCAGCACCGGCGUUGGUGGCACCAACAGUGCUAGUUUGAACAGUACUAGUAGUAACAGCGGGAGUAAUAGCAACAGCAAUAUUUCGAUCCGCAACCGAUCCGGUGCAUCGUUCAGCCGUCCAGGCAAUCCGCUCAGUGGUAGAGGAGGAAGCGAUACCGGGUCAGCUGCUGUGAAUGCGAACGUCGUCGGUGGAAGCGCUUCGCCUCGCGUUGACCCGCUAUCACUAGCGUCGUCAUCUUCGGCAUCGGUGGCCGCAUCGUCUGCAGCGGCCGGUGUUGUUGGCGUCGGUAGUGUUAGUUCGCGGGGCGGUAACAGUGGGUCGACAGGCGGUGGUGUUGUUGGUGGAUCAUCCCGAUCACGAAAUGUGCGAUAUUCGAGCGAAGACUACUACUCAGAGGGUGGUGGUAGUGGUGAUAGGCGACUUCGUAGUUACGACGAAUAUAGUCAAGGAUCGGCCACCAGCUCGACGCACGAGGAUGAGCGGUACGACCAUCAUGAGCAUAAUAAUGGUAACAGUGGCAAUAAUGCUGCUGGUAUCACUGGUGGUAGUGCCCAUGUUGGAUCCUCGAGUGGAGGAGGAGGCUACAGUCGGAGUAGUAGCCUCAUAGACCGCUUAUCUGGAGCUCACCAUCACCACCACCAUCACAAUUCAUCAUCGUCCGACUCUCCACCCUCGUCGUCUGCGCCAUUGCCCGGAGGUAAUGCUACGGGUGCAGGAGCAGGAAGUAGCUGUUUGUCAUCCUCGAUACAAUCCCGCCUAGGUGGCGAUGUUGAUCUAUCACCUUCGUCGACCGGUAGUAGUAUACGGAAACGCAGCGAGAAAGGCACAGGUGGCGAUAGUAGUAACAUGCGUUAUCUGCAGAAGGAGCGUGUACAUAUAUUAGAACAGCUAGAAGAAUGCCCGUCCAGUGGCGAUGAGUUGGUUAGCCCCAAGAAGCGUAUCAAAUACAAUUCUGACGGACACCAUCAUCACCACCAUCACCAUCAUCAUCACGGUAGUGAUUCAGAUCGAGAUCGUGAUCAUCGCGAUCACCGUGAUCUUCGUGAUCCGUCGCCUGGAACACCUGUUGCGGGUGGCGUUGGUGGUGGCCCUGCCGCAGUCAACAGCAACAGUAGUAGCAGCAGCAGUAGUAAUAACUUGCAUCACUAUAACAGUCACCACCACCAUCACCAUCACCAUCAUCAUAGUAACAACAACAGCGAUAGUGGAGGAAUGGGAGGCGGAGGCGGUAUUGGUGGAUCCUCGAUCAGUGGCAUACAGUCAUCAUCCGCACUGACGCACCGGAAAUCGAUGGAGGUACGUCGACUGUCCGAGUGUAACUUGCAAACAUCGAAGCAAUCGUCAUCCUCAUCGACCUCCGCAUUGACUGGUGCAGGAGUUGGUGGUGGAGGAGUAGGAGGAGGAGGUAGCCAUAGCAGGAGACCGUCCACCGAAAGCACAUCGUUACACCAGCGUCACGGUAGCAGCAGUAGCAGUAGCGGUAUCAGUGCUUCCAUUUCGAAUCAAUCACACCUGGACGGCGGUGGCGGUAGUAGCAAUCACUCGUUGUACUCGCAUCACUUGAGCAAACGACGAAAAAUGAUUGCUUCCGAUAGUGGUAGUGGAGGUAACGGCGGCACACAAACCGUACCGUCGUCCGGUACAACGGCGUCGAAUGGUGGUGCAGCUAGUAGUAGUUCUACUGGCAACAGCAGUGCUAACAGUGGAGGUGCAGGAUCUUCAGCAGGAAGCGGAGCGAGUAGUUUGACAACCUCAAACGAGCAUCACCAUUCAUCACGCGGGCGUGGCCAUCAGCUGCACUCCAUACAUUCUCAUGAGGCUAGUGGAGGCGAAAGCGCGGACGGUUCGCGACCCGGCACCCCACUGUGCGAUGAACGACCGGAGAAUCUAUUGCCUAGUGAACCUCGCCGCAUACCCACGGGACGAUCGUACAAUCAGGAACCUCUCGUACUUCCGCUACCUCGGUUUGCGGUGCAGGUGUUUCAGCAGAGUCGGCUCAACGCAUUACAACAGCUGCAGCAAACUGCUACGUCUACCACCGGGACAUCAGCUAGCGGCGGAGUGUCUGCUUCGUCGUCGUCCUCUUCGUCAUCCUCAUCCGCUUCAUCUUCGUCGACCGUUGAUAGGCAGAUGACGGCGAGUGGGAACAACGGUGCCAAUGCAGCCGCCGCUACGUCCUCGAUUGGAUCAUCUUCUGGAGCGUUAUCCUCUAGCAGUGCAAACCAGAUUCACCCGUCAUCUUUUACGUCCAAUUCUAGUCUGCAGAGCAAUAGUAGCGCCCUGUCCAGCCCACCGCCCGUUGGUAUAGCGUCCUCUAAGCUGACGACGCCUUUGCAAAUUAACACUAUGCAUACAUCAGGGACGACAUCCGGGAGUAACAGUUUUAACAUGGCCGGUAGUGGUGUGUUCUCGAUGUUGGACACAGCAAACGAGAUGGUCCCAGCCAGUCCACCGCCACGAGCUUCCUCCGUUAGUUCAACCUCCAGCGAUUCGAGUGAUCUUGGCCUUUCGCUUGAUGAGCGUAUCAAAACGCUGGAUGAAAAGUUUGAAAAGUGGUCUGGUAGCACACAGGCGGCUUCUGUUGGUCGGCUAGCCGUGGGUAACAGUGUCACCAUUGGUAAUACCAGCACUGCUGCAACCAUCGUCAAUAACAGUGGCAGUAAUAGUUCGAGUGAUCUUCAUUUUCUAAAUGAUCGCCAUCAUUAUUCUACGAGCAGCAAAGGAUAUUCUAAUCAUCAUUCCUCCUCCUCCUCCUCUCUCCAUCAUCACCAUCAUCAGACGCAACAGCAGCAACAAUCGUUUAGCAAUCAUAUUGCGGGAAGCAGCAGCAGCAGUUUGCUAAACCAUCAUCACGCUCAUCACCUGCAAUCACCACUGUCUGCUGGAUCAUCGUCUAACUCUUCCUCCUCCCUAGCGGCCACGGGCUCGUCGUCGUACCGGCACAAGUUUCUUGAUCUCGAUGUACAUGAACUUCCCCCUUCGGACAUCGUCAAGUCCGUUCUUUCGAAGAAAUCGAUCUUUGACGAAGAUCUCAAGCGGUUAGAAAAUAUUGACGACAAAUAUGAGCCUCGUGAUUUUUCCAACUAUUCGAAAACCAGUGCCACUUUGGCUUCGGCUGCUACGAUCGCUACCGUACUGGGCAACAGCAUUGCUGGUACGAUCGGUGCUCCAGCAAUGGUCCAACAAGUAGGAGUGGCCCUGGGAAAUGUUUCACCUGUCAUAGCAAACAGUGUUGUGUCGUCGGCUAGUGCAUCUCCGGUGCAUUUUGGUUCAAUGAAAUCGUCAGUACCAUCAACGACGUUAGUAGCCUCCACCGCUCAACAACAAAAUCCAGCUGGUGCUCCAGUUUUAACUGCAGUAAACACAACGGCACCGACUUCUGUUACGACAACCGUUUCACAAACAACAACAGCAGCUGUAGCGGUUGCAACAACUACUGCAGCUCCCACCGCUGUACCGCGGGUCAGUGGCAGUAGUGCUUCGGUAUCACCUAUGAACAGCCCACAGCCGUACAACAGUCCUAACCCGUCAGUAAAAUCCUGCCUUCAGUAUCCUUUUCCCAGCCAUCCACCAUUGGCUCAACAAGCAUUAUCGCCGUCGUCCGGGUCCAGUGGUGUCACAACAACAACAACAGCAACGACCAGCAAUAGCAGUAGCGGCACUGACACUGGAGUCACGACCGUAACAGAGUCCCUGGACGUCUCGCCGUCAACAACGACGACUGAAGCGAAAACAGUGACAUCGCAUGCAUCUGUGGUGGAUAGCGAUAGUAGUAAUCCUUCCGGUUUACUGCUCACCAAUCCGAUAAGCGGCACCAGUAGCAACGACAACGAUCCAACAGUUACGUCAUCCCCGUCCGUUAAUAAUAAUAGUAAAGAUAGCAGUAGCAGUAACAAUACGACAAAUACUGGUUCAUCGACUAUUGCUACUACUAAUAAUCACAAUGCGGCGGCUAUCGCAACAGUUGCUAAUGCUGCCGCCGCCACUGCAUUAUCGUCGUCGUCGUCGUCGUCGUCAUCAUCAUUAUCUUCGUUGUCGUCGUCAACCAGUAAACCAAAGACCAAUGUUUUAAAUAAAAGUAUUAGUUUAACGGAAAAAACAAGUACAAACGCUAGCGGUAACAACAAUAAUAAUUUAAUAAACAAUAGUGAUAAUCUAAAUAGUAGUAGCAGCAGCGGUGGUAGCAACGCUAGCACUGGCACUGGUUCUAGUGUUAACCAUCCGUCUUCAGCAACUGCGGUUGUAUCGUCGUCAGAAGUAACACCAACGACAGUAGCGAGUAUACCACAAGUACAGAAUCAGAAACUGUCCUCUUCUGUGUCGUCGGCUUCGUCAGCCUCUACUUCGUCGUUGUCGUUAUCGUCAUCAUCAUCAUCAGCAGCAGCAGCAAUAGUAGAGUCGUCCAUAACUAGUAACUAUAAUGUGGUUGUGAAGAGUAGCAGUAGCAGCAGUAAUACUAAUGCAGCUGCAAACAGCGUACCGGGAAGUACAAACGUUGGUACGAUCAAGCUGGGCAUGAGUGGCAAUGGUGAUGGCAGUGCACCACCAUCCCAUGAAGUAGUAGUACCGCCUAUGCAUUCCAGUAGUAAUAGUGGAUCGCAGAGAGAGGAAUCAUCUAGCAGCAAAACUACCAACAGUAUCGGGAGCAGUGGCAGCAAACAUCACAAGGAUCGACGAAAACUAUCCACCGCGUCGUCUACCUCAUCGACAUCUUCGUCGAGUGUAGUAUCGUCUCCGAAUCCUGCCUCAGCUGGUACCGCCUGUGGGUUGAAUGUAGCGGAUGAGCAUCCUGAAGAAGUGACAGCACCAUCAGCAACUUCGUCGGCAUCGUCAAAACAUUCGAACAAAUCGAACAAGUCCAACUUACACACCCACCAUCAUCAUCAUCACCAUCAUGGUGAUCACAGUCACCGGAAUAGUGGUAGUCACCAUAACCAUCGUCAUCACAGUGAUAGCAUCAGUAGCAAUAGUAGCAACAGCAGCAGUGGUAGUAAUGUUAGCGGUUCCAAUAGUGUGAAGAACUCCUACAAAGAACACGAUCGUAAUCACGUGUCUGCUAGUAGUGAGCUUUCAGCUAUUGGAGGUGGGUCGUCUGCAAUGAACAGCAGCAGUUACCGAGAUGAAUUCGAUCGACUGAAGCAGGAAGCGGCUGCUGCAGCGGCAGCGGCUCACACAUCUGGUGGAUCAUUGAAGCGCAGAGAUAAGGAUCGAGAGGAGCGACCUGUUAACGACGAUGAAUCACGCAAAGUAAAGGAAGAUGUCAGUAACAGUCAUGUGGAUCAUCGUGAAAAGGACAGUUAUGCUGUUGAAAAAGAUCGAUCGAGAGAACAUCAUAAGCGAAGCGAUGAGACGACAAAAGAGCACGAAAAAGAUCGUCGCAAUGCGAAGGCAAGUAGUGGUGGGAUGUCGAACGAUUCCGAGCAAUUGAAAGAUUCGUCGGGACACAAAAAUCAAUCAUACCAUCAGGACGAGUCCUUGCAACAUCUUCACCAUCAUCAUCGAGAGCGCUCUUCGGAUAAGGAUCGCCGCGAUCGUGUCAACUCCACUGGCAGUGGAUCUCCAGCAAGAAGUUCAUCUAAACGACGUCUUAGUUCGCAAGACAGCGUUGAAUCGUCUUUGGAGGAAGCGACAUCGCUUAAAAAGAUACGGUCCAGUGCUUCGCAGGACGGCAGUUGUACUGUUGCGAUGCUAUCUACCGGUGGAAACGGAUCGAAAAGUGGGGAAAGAAGAGAGUCUGGCAAAGAAGGUCGACGAGAGAGCAGUAAGUAUCACCAUCACAAAAGUAGCAGUCGAACGGCGGAGGUUGGUGCUGCUGCUAGCGGUGGUAGUCAUAACCACCGAUCAGAAAAGAUCUCAUCCAAAUCCAGCGUAGCUAGUAGCGGUGGCAAUCCUACUGCUGCAGUCCCAUCGACAACGGCGAACCAUGUUGGCUCGUUGGAGAAAGGAUCUUCGGCUAAGCACACAGAAAAUCAUGUGAUCGACAAACAACAGGCAUACUUGCUAGAAGAGCGUCGUAAAGAGAUCAUGAUAGCGAGUGAAGACCAUCAUCACCAGAUUGGUGCUGUUGCUGCGGGAGGAGCAAUCAGUGUUACUACAGGUGGCAAUAUUGGCAGCAGUGGUGGUGUAUCCCAUCAUCAUAAGCGCAAGGAACGUUAUCACGAUAAACACAAGUCAAAGAAAAAUCGCGACCCAACACGUGACAAAGAAAACACAUUGAAUGCAAACUUUCCUGCCGAUAGCUAUGGCGAAAAUCGAUCAACAAGCGACGAAGAAGAGCAGAGUAGAAUACGCUACAAAAAGGAACGAAAGGAAUUGCAGGAGUUUGCGAAACAGCGCCAUCAUAGUUCUAGCAGUACGGGCAUUGGACUGGAUGGAGUAGACUACAAGUUGGCUGUCAAUAAGCUAAACUGCGGCAGUAGCGGAGGUGGUAGAGCGGAUCGCAAAUCGUCACAACCCGUCAGCCGCGCAGAGUCAUCUGCCGAAGAAGGGCGCGAAAAGAAAAAAUGUCGAUCGAACAGCAGUCGUAAGGCGAACAGCUCUGAUACGGAUGAUUCGGAUGAACCUAAGAAGCAUUCAAUCUUCGACAUUCCCGAUGAUGGGCCUAAUAUAUCCAUGUACGACAAGGUGAAGGCUCGAUCUUGCAAAAAUAUGCAGAAACAGGAGGAGGAAAAGAAAAUCAAAGCCAAGUUUUCGCAAUUAAAGCAGUGCAGAGCGAAACGGGAGGGUAAAAACCGAUCGAAAAGCUGGGAAGAAGGCGACGAUUCUGAUUCCGAUGCAAUGCACUCAGACACGACCAUCAACAGCAAGUACAAUCACAAAGAUCCUAACAAAAGUGGCAUGGUGACAACGACUGAUGACGAAGACCACGCUUCUACAACACCCCGAUCGCGACGCAAUUUCAAGGGUUCAUCACUGGCUUCCGACUCAGACGAAGGGCCUGAUCAUCCGCACCACCAGCAGCGCACGGCAAUGUUCAAUCGCGAUCGGUUGAACGAUCUGUGCGAUGACGAGAGCAGUGAGGGUGGUGGAAAUUUGAUGCUCCAUAAUGUGGGUGAUGGGCGCGAUAAGUUGAAUCGUGACCAUCAUCAUCGGCAGCAGAAACAGGAUUACCACGAAAAGAAUGUUCGACGCAGUUCUGGUGAAGAUAAGAAGUUAUCUCGCAAGAAUUCUCGCUCUACGCGUAUACAAUCAGACACGGAAACGGACGACGAAGCGAUAUCACGUGAAAGAUCCAAGAUGAAAGUAUCGAGUGGCGCUAGUCGGUGCGAGAGUAGUAUGAUUUCGGAUGCAGAAUUCAAUCACAUCAACGAUAAUAUUGGGCGUAUGUUUGGUGGCAGUUCGGAAGCCAAAGAACAGCUAUGUCGGAAUGCAGGUAGUGAGCAGGAUGUUAAGAUCAAAAAGGAAGUUAAGAGCGAGGAUGAGUGCGCAAUGGAUGAAAGCAAAAAAGGCACUACCAACGUUCCAAUAUCGCUGUCUGCUUCAGUAAGUCUUAGCGAUGGCUUGAAACAAGCUAUGGUUAGUGAAGACCGUAAACCAUCCACAUUUGCUCUUAUCGCCAGUGAUAUAUCGGAUGAUGAUUUGGUGAAAACGGUAGUGAAAUCGGAAUAUCCGCCACACAACUCUAUUUCAUCGCUACCGGUAACACCGACAACCGCAUUAAUAUCAUCGAUCAAGCGUGAGCCGAUCGACGGUUUAAAUUUGUACAAGUCAUCCAAGGAACGCCAACAUCAGUUGUGCGAUCAAUCCGGAUCGGAUGGAACUGAUUUAAUGCAUCACACGGCAUCUAAAGCGGACAUGAGUCAAACGGAGUCGAAGAAAAGACACAAGAAAAAACAAAAGCGCAACAAAGGUCUCGAUGGCAGUAGUGGCAAUUACGAGCAGCUGGAGAAAGAAAUGCCUACAACGCCCAAAACCUCCGAUGUGCGUGGCGAUGAUACAGAAACGAUUGUUACUGCUGCUAUGGCUCAGUUUAACUCCACACCAUCGGCAGUCGGUGCUGAUAGUAUUAACUGCGGCAACAUUUCACUGGCAGGCCUUUCUGCCGGUGGCAUCAUCAGUCAGCAAACAACGAAUGUUACCUCUGUCGCAACGCAGUUGAGUGAAGAUUCGAAAAAAUCAACGUGUGAAGAUCAUCACUCCUCAUCGUCUUACAACAAGAAGAAACACAGCAGUGGAAAGAAAGAAAAGCGACGAGAUCGGUCUAAGGAAGACCACGAAAAAUCAACCUCAUCCUCGUCGAGUCGUUCGAAGAAAUCAAAAAAUCGCCACAAAGAAGGUGCUAGCGGUGGCGGCGGUACAGCUAGCAGCAUCGCUGGCAAUGUUUCUGGCAGCGCCAAUAGCAAAUUUCUUGACAUGGAACUGUUUGGCCCGAUAUCGGAUGAAGAGUCGCAACACUCGUCCGUGGAAACGGAAGCAUCUCAUGGUAAGCAAGGUUCGGUAGAACCAGAUGAGAGCAAGGAGGAGGAUUUGCAGCACCAGAAUACCGAACAUAAGGAUAGAGCUAUUCCAACGGACGGAGGAGGACUACCAACGUUGAUGGGCGAAUUUUCCAAAACAAUUGCGGAGAAUCAACAAAACUCAAUUGCCAAGCAGCAGGAGUUAUCUUCUACUUCAACGCAAAGCGCCACAUCAGCUGAUCCACUCACUGACAAGGAAUCGCGCAAGCGCAGCAAAGAGAAGAAACGGCGUGAUCGUGAGAAAUUGCGUGUCUCGAUGGCGAUGCUCAAAGACGAAGAAAACAGUGUCGAUUUGGAUGAAGCUGGUAGGGCGCUCGAAGCGCAGCUGAUGAGUGAUAACGAUCAGAAGGUUGAAGAUGUGUCACCGGCAUCUACUAUUGCCAGCGCUUCUCUCAGCGGAAAACGCUCCUCAGUUGAUGUGUUGGACGUGUUUCGUUACACGGAUGGAGAUGGCGACGACAGUAUGGAGACGUCGUAUGGAGAGAAAAAGGAUUUGCCAUCAGCUUCCUCCAACGAGCACAAUCGCAAAGAUAAGAAAAAGAAAAAGAAACGUGGAAAAGAGGAGAAACACAAACAUCAUCAUAAUAGUGGUAGCUCGCUAGGCAGUGGCAUUAGUACGACUGCCAAUAACACCAUAGGUAACAAUAUUGUACACAGCGGGUCUACACUAGCCCCGAUAACUGAUGGAAGUAGCAGCGUUUCUCACAACAGUCCCUUCGGAAGUAAUAGCAAUCAAGUAAACAGUCAUUCAAAACCACAACCAUCUACUACGACGCCUGUUACGCCGACGAUCACUAAACUGUCUCUUGAUAUCAUUUCUGCCCAGCAAGACGAUUUGAAACAUAACUUCAGUAAACCGUCGCCCAGUUUGCCAUGUCUGCUUGAUGAAAGUCCACCUCCAUCCAACAAACAGCAGCUGACAGCGCAAAUGAAUGCUCGCGAGUCCACCGGAACGGGAAGCGCGGAGGAGCGAAUAAUAUCAUCCUCGUCUUUACCAGGUGUUACUGAGGCUAAGCGGGAAAUAACAUGUUCUACGCCAACAUAUGACAUGGAAAAGACAUCAGUUGUCCCGGACGACAAAACGAGCUCCUUUGUAGGAGGCACUACUAAGCAGAAGAUUGAACAGAUGGAAAAAUCGGAACUUCCGGUACCACCAUUUGGAUACGACCUUGACGAACAAUUGCACGAGAAAGCAGUAAUGUCUAUUUCGGGCGAAUUCGCAGAUAAGCUUAGCAAAGCCGACAAAGGAACUGCGGUGGAUGGGAAAGAGACAGAGCUAAAGCAUCAAGUUAACGAGAAGCAAAAAUUGGACGAAUCGAAAUUGCAACUCAUUGAGGAAAAAUCGCGCGUAGUGAUCUCGCAGGAAGAAACUGAAGAUGCCGUAGCAGCAUUGCUUGGCGAAAGUUUCGGCACGUCCAAUACACCCGAUUUCUCCGACAUGUACAGCGAUCCAGUUGAAGAAGAGCAAUUGUCUUCACAGUUACACGUCGAGGAUGAGCCUCCCCAGAUACCGGAGGAAGACGACGAAGAGAUGAAGAAGGCAAUCAUGAGCUUGAAUGCGGAAGAGCUGGACAUGAAGGAAGCGGACACGCCGCAAUCGGAGCAUGAUUUGCAAAUCGACACAGACACUGAGGAUACGAACCUGGAUGACGACCACCAGUCCAGUUUGCUACGUUUCGAUAAUCCACCAAAAACACCCGACGUUGAUCUGAGUCAGAUUGGCAAACCGUUGAUCGAAGGAUCGCAAUUGACAAAAGUCGGCGACAGCCUAACGACUACAAUAGUCGCGGAAAGUAGCAGUUCAGGAAGUAGUAGUACAACGAAAAAGGAUGAUUCUAGUGGGAAAUUGGAGAUGCCCUCUACACCGGGUAAAAAUGUGGCUAGUGAUUCGCCAUCGCAAGCCAGCUCUGACGAAUCGUCUGCUCAAUCAUCGGUCAAACUCAGUGGACGUCCAUCAAAAACAUCCGUACCAAUGCUGGAGUCAUCGAAAGUAAGCGCUGCUUUCAAGGGAACAGCGGUUGUGCAUGACGGUGUGUUCUCGGUCAAUAUACAAAACCAAAAAAUCAUUAUACCAACGACGACGUCUCCGAGUGCUAAGGAGCGUGAGCGAUCAACCGUGUCCGUUGUGGGUAACAUAGUGGAUGUGAAAUCGAAGACUAUUGGUGUUGACCCCAGUUCAACGUCGACAGCAAUAAUAACGUCCACAGUGUCAGUAUCGCUGGCAGGGAAUCAGUCUACAAUCAAAUUAAAUACAUCCAGUCCAACCACUCCCCAAAGUCCAAGAUCGAUCAGUAUUGGACUAUCGUCUCAACAACCAGCAUCGCCAGUCACUGGACUUUCAUCAGCAGCCAACUUACGCCACCAAUAUAUAGUACAAACACCCCCUACAAUCACUAUUCCCGAACAGCAACCGGUCAUCUAUCAUCCGGUGUCAACACCGACGGAUGCUACUCCUCGCGGUCCAACAGUUGCUACAUUGAAUAGUGGAGGUACUAGCGUUCAAUCGCCAAAACAGCAACUACAAAUCGCUCCACAGUCUCCAUUUGCACGAACGUCAUCGCCAACCGCACUUCGACAAUCUGCAAAUAGCAGCAAUCGACAGUCUCCGCAGCUCAGCCCCAUCAUGCAGUCGGGAAACAGUCCUCAAGCGAUGAUUAUUCACCACGGUGGACAUAUUGUAGUACAUUCGCCAAACGCAUCCCAAGCCCAAGGAUCAACUUUAGGACAGGGAGGAUUCCUAUCUCAGAAAUCAGUGACACCGGUGACGGCACCAGGAGCUGCUGGACAUCAGUAUCAACAUCAUCAUCCGUCGCAGCAUCAUUCGUCACAGGGUGCACGUAUGCCAUUAGCAGGAGGAGGACAGCUGAAACCUGUAUCCCUUACAGGAGGAUCGCCGAAACCAAACGAACAACAUCCGAUCAAGACUCAGUUCAGCAGUGGUGGAAGCCCUGGAGCAAUGCAAAGAAUCAUUACAGCCACUGCAGCACCAGGCUCUCCGUCUAGUAUGGCUAAUUUGGUACUAGAUUCCACUCCUACUAAAUCCAAGAUCGUGGUAAACGCAACGAGCAGCAGUUCAACAACAUCAGUCUCACUGUCAACAGCACAUGCUACUGGCAAAUCGAUAGAUACUUCGCCUAAAACUACGCCCACCGUAGUUGUAGCAUCCUCCACGCUCGCAGGAACACCGGUUAAGACAACCACGAUUGUGACACAUCAACCCAUAAACAUAACAUCAGUAACGCAUGCUCAGCAAACGAGACAACAGUCGGCAAUAACUGUAACUACUGCUAAAAGUUCAUCACAGGCUCAAUCUGCAACGACUACUGUAGCGUAUCAAAAAUCAGUCGCAGAGCAAAACACAGCUACCCUUGGCAAGGGAAAACCGUCUGAUAUUAAGACGAAUUCGAUAUUUGCAGCUGCCAGUAAUGCAAUAUCAACAAUAACAUCCAAUCCUAAUCAUCAACCAAUUACGCCAAUUACGUCAGAACCGGUAUCCAAAUCAUUGUUUACCUCUGACGAGUUGUUGAAAGGAUCGGCAGCUAUCGUUGCUGUUUCGGCCGAAAAGAAAUCAGAGUCUGAAAAGAAAGAAAGCUCGAACGAGAAGAAAUCCAGCGAACCCAACACGAAACAGAUGUCAGUAUUGGAUGAUUCGAAACCAACGGCAUCAACGACGCUGGCAACUACUGUUAGCGUAGAUGAUCAGGAAACAGACUCAAAAGAGGACAGCGAUUGCUGGUCCACAAAGGAGAUCAACAUAGACUCUGUGAUUAAGAAAGUUGAUGCGUUGUGUUCGGAAGAUGAUUCGUCUUCUUCGCAACCCACUGCUGCGGUUGCUGCCGUGAGUAAUAUCAGUGCUAUUGAUAAAGCAGCUUCCACCAUUGAAAUGGUGGCUAAAGGAGGUGGGGAAGAUAUAACGAUCAAAACACCGUCGUUGCAGCAAGAAGAAUCUAAAGGAGAUUCUGGAGAUGCUACAGGAGAAUACAGCAAGAAAUCGGAAACUGUCUCCACGAAGUCGGUUGAAGAUCAACGUUGUGUUGGUACUAGUGGGACUCCUGCAACACCAGUCAUCGAUGACGAGGAAGUCGAGGAUGCAGUAGCCGGUGAAGCAUCGGAGAAGGAAAACGUAGCACGUGGCAGCAGCACCACCGGUAAGCGUGGUGGUCGUCCUCGCGGAGGUCGUAAAACAUCGGAAAGUGGUCAUAGCGUUGUGGUUGGUGGAGACAAACAGAGCACAACCAUUGGGACCGACCAAACGGUGCUUGAAACCGGUAUUCAAACACGUACCAGAGGUGGGAAAACUCCUGCCGGCAAACGUGGUCGUGGUGGUCGCGGUGGUGGUGGUGGACGUGGAGGUGGUACAGUUGGUAUGGUAAAUGUAUCACAAACGAUAACCACGCCACUUACAUCAACAACGCUGACUCCGGGAACGCCUAGACCCGUUGGUGGAACAAAAGCCGGAAUGCACAUGGGCGGUUCGUCCGAUGUGUACGAGUUCCACGAUGAUUCAGGAGAGGAUGUUUCCAACUCGGAUAAGAUGCUACCUAGCGCUGAUGGUGCUCGUCCACGAUUGAUUUUGACCAUCAAAAAUCAGACUGCAGUUACGACGGCAACUUCUGCAACUGUCACCAGUAGUGCUCCGGCGACAGUAAUAGCUACAACUACCGCGAUCACAACUAGCUCUAGCAGCAGUCCUACAGCAACGCAGUCUGUGGCCACAAUAGUCAAUACCAAUGUGACUACCAAUUCGGAAACCUCAGUUUCCUCUGUUCCUACCACCGUAGCACAACAACAACCACAAGCAACUAUGACUUCCAACGCGCCCUUGAUGUCACAGACACCGCAGCAACAGCAGCCACAGCCACAACUACAGACAUCACAACCAACGCAACCAUCGCCAAGUUCCGAUGAACCUCACGGCUUGUCGAACAUGGAGAACGCUAUUAAGGACGAACAGCAGGCGAUGGCAGUGAAUGCGGUCGGUAUUCUAUCGGCAGCAGCAGUUGCGGCAGCAGCCAACACAAGAAAAUCCCGCCGACUUCAAGAGAAGGAUGGACGCAGCACUAUCGACGACAUUAUCGAAGAUGUGAUACGUAACGGACCUUCGCCGAAAGUGGCUGGUGCAGGAACUGGGUUGCAACAACAACAAUUACCACCACCACACCAGCCCGGCGUUGUUUUGGCACCGAAUACACCGCAACCACAAAGCAUUGCUCCGGCACUUGGCCAGCAACCAUCAAAUAUUGUAACCGUCAACCAAGCGGCGGUAGGGUUGGUGCAACAGCAGCAGCAACCUCAGGUGGUUCUUCAGCAGCAGCACAUUGUUGGUACUGCAAGUGCUAUUGGAGAUCAGCAACAGCCAGGUGUCCAUACGACGCGUCGCACCACUCGACAGAAUGCAACAACUUUGACUCCAACUGCUGGGUCAGCCGAUAUGCGUAAAUCACCGCGCAGCACUCGCAAAGGCAAAGACCGUAAAAUUUCCGAAACAUCUACCGAUAGCAGUGACGAAAAGCCCCAACAAGCGGUAUCAUCGUCGUCAGCAAUGGCUGGAAAUACGAGUGGCAUGAAACCACAACAGGCAGAUACAAAGCCAUUGGACGAUAAGCAAGGCGCUGGUAUACUGUCCGCUACAACGCCCGUAACUCCCAGUAUGCAGGCAUCGCGUCCUAACGAGACAGCAUCGGUGGCGGAUAAAUCAAAGUCAGAAAAGUUGAAGUCUACUGACGAAGCGAAAGCACCUACCGAAAUUGGAAACGUUUCGCAACCUAAUUCACUCACUCUGAUCGAUCCGGUAACGGGAGAAAUGGCAGUUGUGCGCCAUAGCAAAGAAGGCCAGUACGUACCGAUGCCCAAUGCUCCACAACCCUUGAAGAAAGUGAUAGCGGCGGCCGCAGCAGCAGAACAACUCAAAUCGGUUGGUUCGCCUUCGUCACCGGUUUCGAUAAGCAAUAGUGCUGCUGGAUCACCAACCGCGUCGAAUCGUAUUGCUUCGACCCCUUGUUCAGUUGCAUCGCCCACAUCUUCCGCGGGUAUGAUGUUAACCACGAACAAGACGACUACGGUUGUGUCAUCACAUCAGCAGCAGCAACCGAUUGUCGUUACCAAACCGCAUACCUUGAAGUCACAUGUGCUAAAUUCUCAACAAGCCCUGCAACAACAGCAGCAGCAACAUCAGCAACAAGUUGUGAUCAAACCAGGACAACAACCGCCGCAAUCGGGUGUGUUACUAAGCCAACAGCAACAGAGCACACCGUUUGUGCAGUCCGGUCAAAUGGUUGGCGGGAAGACGAUUCAUCCCACGACGACGCCUUCGGCUCCGUUGAAACUGACAACACAACCCAUAACUACUACGGCGCUUGGACAAUCACAGCAAAUUAUAAUACACAACGCUGUCGCAGGUCAACCACAGUCGCAUGCGAUGGCCAAGCAAGCUAGUGGCAUUGGCGGAAAAUCAGCCACAACUCUGCUGCAGCAGCCGCAAGGAGGUCCUGGUGGAGCUGUUAAUAACAUACAACUGCACCAACACACAGGAACUGGCAAUCUGCUGAUCAAUAUACCAUCGAACAUGCAUUCGGCAACUGCCGUGCAAAUGUCUCCACGCUUGCAGCAACAGCAGCAACAACAGCAACAAAUGGUGAUCGCCAACGCAAAGCAACUACAAGGUCAACCAUCACAACAUCAACAACAACAACACAAGCUUCAUGUAGUUCAAGCGGCUGGCGCUCCUGGAACUGCACCGCAGCAAAUAAUAAUUCAUCGUGGAAAGCCUGGUACGGAAACAGCCGGAACUGUACAUCAGCAGCAAAUACCUGUAGGCUACACAACCGUCCUACAAAGCGGCAGCAAGAUAAUCCAACAGGCUACUUCGGCCAUCCCUGGUCAGCAGGGAUCGACCGCAGGAGGAGGUGCUGGUCCUAUUGUAACGCAAGUCCAGCAGCACAUACUUAGCAAGCAUCCGACCACAGGUCAAACGAUACAGAUUGCUACUUCGGGCGGACCUCCGGGACUUCCUGUACAUUAUCAAACGAUACAGCAAUCCGGCCAACCGACGAUCGUACACAAAGGCGCAAUUACCACCGUGCAGCAUAAGCUUGUGCAACAAACGUCUGCGCAACAAACGCAGUUGCAGCACAAGCCAAUCGAUGGAACACCAAUCGGUUUGCAUGCGAUAGCAGGAAAAUCUUCGAUCCUCCAUCAGGUACCAACGGCGGGCGGAAAGAUUGUGCAAAUUCAAUCUGCACAGAGCGGUGUGGCAGCACAGCAGCAACAGCAGCAAACGGUUAAUGCAUCGGGUCCGGUAAUAACAGCACAAGGACUUGGUCAUCAGCAGCAUCCACAGCUAACUGGUACACUACAACCCGUUGGGCUAUCGAAGCUAGCGAACCAUCAUUUAUCGACACCGUCACCACCAGCGCCGCAGCAGCAGCAGCAGCAGCAGCAGCAUCAACAAUCGCAACAGCCACCAUCUACGAAAGGCAUAUCUCCCCUGCUUCAUCAGACACCACAGAUACUGACCGGUGCCGUUGCAAGUCCCCCAUUGAAGCAAUCUCAUCUUCAAGGUCAGCAGCCAAUUGUUGCGGGUGCAAGCAGUACACGUGUUGCUUUGCCUACGAUAAGUCCACAGGGCCAGUCUGGACAUCCGCAGAUACCUCAAGGAACCAUUCAGCGGCAUAUUCUCGCACCGCAAGGAACGAUAUACGAAGCUGCUAAUUUGCGUGGUGAUAUGGCUGGGUUCAUCAAUCGGGGGCAAAGUCCUCCGCCGGCACAUCAGCAAACAUCUCCUAUAACACCGGUUCAUGGCCCCGAUGGUGGAUUCCGUGGCGGUAUGCCGAGGGACUAUGUAAAGUACAUGUACCGCAGCAGUAUCUCUAUACCAAGUAGGUCUCCCAUGAGAGAAAUGGAAGUGGAUGAAACGGUUGCUGCCAGUCCACCACUGGAAUUACGUCGCCCAUCCAGCGGACCGCGUACAACUGCCGUUCCGCUAAGUCUACAAAGCCCUGGUGAUCGUGUAACCGAUUCGCCACAAGGAGCCCAGGUGUACAUGGGAAGCGCGCGCAUACCGCAUCCUUAUCCGGAUACGUUGAACGCACGCUACUACGAACCAACCAUUGGUGGCCCGAACGGUGGUAGCGGAGGACCGAGAGCUAUGAGCACCGAACCACCGCCUGCACACCGUCCCCACAACCUGUCCACUACUGCUGUCUAUGCUGGAGCGGCAUACUCGGUCACACCAAGCCCAACGCCACCGCCAUCGGCUUCUCCGGCAACAAUGCUGCACAUGCAAAGGGAGCGGGAUCAACAGCAACAGCAACAGGUGGCUGCCGCUCUUGUGCAGACAGCCAGUGGUGGUGGUCAGCGUUUGGUUGGAGAGCGUGGAACGGCUCAGAUGCAGCCGGGAAGCGGUAGCGCAGGAUAUUACUAUCGCAACGAGGUUGAACACGAGAUACCCGAACAGUUGCAUCCCGUAACGCUUGGUCAUGGUUCGUCUGGGCCGUCCGCGCCUUUACCAGCUCAUACUGGAGGCAUACUAUCGGCUAUGGCGACACCACAGACCGUUGCUAUCGGUGGACGUAGCAUACAGGUGGCAACUCCACCAAUCAUCGGCGGUAGUAGUAGUGGUGGUGGUGGUGCAAGUGGCAAUGCACCAUCAAUGGUUUCGGUCGUUCCGACACCGCCACCUGUGCAGAAAGAUUCGCUCGACGCGCUAUUGCAGCGGUACCCCGUGAUGUGGCAGGGAUUGCUUGCACUGAAAAACGAUCACGCCGCAGUACAGAUGCAUUUCGUGUAUGGCAAUCCAAACGUGGCAGGCAGUUCCUUGCCAAGCAAUAGCGAUGGAUCAACGCCCCCGUUGCGCAUUGCUCAGCGGAUGCGUCUGGAACCGGCGCAGAUCGAUGGAGUCGCUAGAAAGAUGCAGAUGGUUAACGAACACUGUAUGCUGUUGGCGUUGCCGUGUGGUCGCGAUCGUAUGGAUGUGUUGCAACAGCAGAACAAUCUUCAGACCGGAUUCAUCACCUACCUGCAGCAGAAACAGGCAGCCGGAAUCGUAAACAUAGCGGCCCCGGGCAGUGCACAGGCGGCGUACGUUGUACAUAUAUUCCCGUCGUGUGAGUUUGCCAACGAAAAUCUGGCCCGUAUUGCGCCGGACCUGAUGCACCGGGUAGCAAACAUACAGUACCUGCUAAUCGUGAUUGCAACGGUGUAA